UAGCUCGACAGUGGUGCUGCUGCUGAGUCUCAGCACGGCACAGCGCGUGUGUGUGAGUGUGUGUGUGUAAGAGUGUGUGUGAGCGGAUGGUGGUGGACUGUUCCCGGUGAAAAACCACCGACCCCCGGCCCGCAGUAAAAUGCCUCAACGCCGCGUGUAAACGGGCCAAACUGUCGGAGGGGAGCGAGUCAGGUCUCCGGGCAGCUUCAGAGGAAAAUACCGGCAGGAUGUUGCAAGUUUUAGCUUGUGGCGCCGUAGUUUUCCCCGGUCUCUUCUUCGCCUUCAGGAGGAUCCUGCCGUGUGUGUUCAAACACUGGAGCGAUGCCGACGUGGUGCUGGUCAGCGAGAGACUGGUGUCCUCCAUCCAUGCUGUCAUGGCAACCACGGCAGGAAUCAUUGUCGUGUCAUCAUGCCGGGGCAACGUCAUUAAUGACAGGCACUGGCUGGCCACCUACUUUGUCAUCUGGUACGGUGUGCCCUACAUGACGUACGACAUCUUCGCCAUGUACCUCAGUCACUAUCACCGCUUCCGCGUCAAAGGGCACGAGGACUACAAGCAGCAUUCGCUGAGGACCGUGAACUCCUUUGUCCGCAGAGAGUUCCUGCUGGUGCUGCAUCACAUUGCCCUGCUCACUAUCCUGCUGCCUGUCACACUGUUCUUCAGAAGGGACCAGGGGGAUUUCUUCAUCGGCUGCUUGUUUCUAACAGAGCUCAGCACGCCCUUCGUCUCCCUGGGGAAGAUACUUAUUCAGCUCAGCCUCCAGGACUGCUGGCUGCACAAGGCCAAUGGCGGUAUGGUACUGCUCACCUUCUUUAUGUGCCGCAUCGCCCUCUUCCCCUACAUGUACUGGAUGUACGGCCGCCACUACGGCAUCCCGCUCUACAGCGUGCCCUUCCACCUGCCUCUGUCUACCAACUUGGGCAACUCGUGCAUCCUGGCACCGCAGGUCUACUGGUUCGUCCUUCUUUGCCGAAAGGGCUACCGUCUUUACCGACGUAGCCGUAUGCCAGACUUGUCUCCUACGGCUGCUGUCACUGACAAUUCUAAGGAGGAUUGAUACCCAGUUCACGAUUGCUCGCUCAAGCCGCACACUCAGCUACUAACGCAACUACUUCUGCAAAGGCACUAGUUUGACUUAACACAUUUCAAACCCCACCAUUGUACUGUAGUACACCAGGACUGCCUGCUCUUGUCCCACAACUCCUGGGCAUUUUCCGCACACUCUGAAUCCUCUGUUACAAAAUCUGCUGCCUGUGUGGACCUAUCCACCGACCCGGCUCUACUACUGAAGUUUGAUGAUUUGGGGUUUUUAUUUCUUUUUGGAUUUUGGCUCUUGCCUGGAUCUUGUUGAAGUGCUACAUUGCGUCUGUCAACAUUUACAACACUGAAGAAAGGUCAUGUUUGCUUCACUGAGAGUAAAAUGUGGAGCAAAAGCACCGGAAACUGAAGAAGAGCUUCCAUGGAAAGACUUUAUCUUAUCUCUUACUCCUACUGUGUUUACAGCCUCUGCUGAUUCGGAAGGUCUGUUACAGUGUUUAUGUGAGCGGCUGUUACGACAGGAUUUAUUUAUUUUAAUGAUUUUACUGUAACGUGUCAGAUAGUUGCGUUUCCUCUCCCAUCCAUUCACUAAUCUCACUGACGAGAAGGAUUAGUAAUAGUGGUGGGCAGGAUGCAAAUUCAGGCAGUAUUAGCAGGAAUAGUUUUGAGGAAUACAAAUCACCUCAUUCACAUUUGAGAGCUAAAAACAGCUACAUUUGUUAAAACCCCGUCAAUGUGACUUCUCACUCUUGUUCAUUUAGUUUAUAGUCUCCCAUACAGCAUGUUAUCACGGCGUCAGUCUGCAAAUCUGCAGCAACAAUCCCAUUCUCCUCACCGUAACAUCCAGAGCACUCUUACGGCCCGGGCUCAUUUGUUUUCCAGAAGCCAUCCCCUUCGACGGGGUGCUAGCUCUGUAUGCAUGGUGCACCCCCAAGGAUUUAAUGCUGCACUCAUGCUCUUGGGAAUACUUUUACUUCCUUUUCAAGAAAGCUUUCAGGAAUUCAGUUGGGCAAUAUCCGCCAGUGUCGGAGUUGGAGAAUGGUGGCACCAACAAGGGAUUACCUCAGUUGUGGAAACUAUUCUUCAUUUUCACAAGACGGAUUUUUAUGAUAUGCACGGCACAAAACAAGCUCAUGCUGGAUUUUUCUCAAAAUCUUAGGCUGAUGCUACAAAAUUCGAGCAAGACCUCAAAUAUAUCACAAUGAAAAACAUACAGACAGGGCUAAGAUAUGACCCUCUGUUACAUAAUAUCUAGGGAUGUCCCGAUCCUGUCUCAAAGAUCUGGAUCAGGGUCUAUCAAGGCAUUUUUAACUGAUCUGGAUCUGCUUUAUUGAGCGAUAUAGAGCCCCAUCCAAUCCUUUGUUUUACAUCAGCUGUCACACAAAUGUUUUUACUCAUGAAACUUUCAUGCACAGUGAUGCAACAAGUGCAGCUGUGUCAACUCUCCAACUCCCCCCUGUCUGUUCUCCUCCACUUUGCUGGGCUUCUAUGUGUAAGAGCAGGAGCAGUGGCUGAGCCCUGCCCGCUGCAAAACACCACAGGUCAUAAAAGAAAACGCCAUAUGAGACUGUUAAGUUACUUACUGAAGUUAUGUACAAUCCUGUAUUUAUAUUUGUGCACAAUAGCCUCUGUAACAUGUGUUAUCACUCUUAUUGUGACAUAAAUGUUUGUUUUUAUUUACUGAUAUCAAAUAACAAUUGACAACAAACGAUUACUCGUGAAAUAUUUAUCAUCAAAAUGAUUGAAGAAUUCAUUUUAAAAAUUUUGAAAUUACAUAAAAGCACCAAUAACGUGAAUUUUUUUUAAAAUUUAAUUAAAUUGAAUUACAUUUUUAGGUAGUUUGCCUCUUUAUUAGGAAAUGGGUGCGCACAACAUACUGGUACAGUCAAUUUAAAAUUCAUUCAUAACUUUUGUAUAGGCCCAGUUGAAUUGCAAUAAUAAGGUGCGAUCAUAAAAUCCCACGACACACCAGUGUGCCACAGAACACCAUUUGUGUGAAAGUCUCUAUGCUUUGCUUUCAACUAUGACGCACGGUGUUUCACCACCCUGCACGGGGAGAGACAGACAGCGGUGCAGAACCGACGACAUCCACUCUCACAACGCCCCUGCGAGUGCACCAAAAGCUCCUCGUGGAAAAGCCAAUGAGAGUAAUAUAUCAGUGUAGCCUAAUCAGUUUUUUCUUAACGCAUUGCAGAUCUAUCUGAUUGUCAUGCAUGGGCUAUACAUUGGAUUGAGUGUCAUACCUUUAAAGCACUUGCAGUGUGCAUUGUUCAGCUGUAUUAUCUAGGCCAGGGGUAGGCAACCUGCAGCUCAGACACACCCAAAACACACAUUAAACGCACAUUAAACAUGGCUUAAUAGAUAAAAUUUGAAAGACAAAUUGACUUCACUAUAACAGCAUUCACAGACAAAGCACUUGUCUUUUGCUGGACACAUUUUACCCGAUAAUACAAUAUGCUAA